CUUUCAAAAGGGCGCGCGCGACACUAGGAAGCGCACAGCUGACACUAGGCCUAGCGGCCGUAAACAGUAGGACGUGCGCGCUCGCUUGAAGCAGACGACGCUUGGUCAUACAGCGAUACUUACCUGCGCUGCUCUGUAUCGCUUUCCGUUGUUUCGCUCCUCUAGCCUGCCAUAAUAAUCUAGAGGUGUCGUAAUCGUAAUCACACCCUUAUCUUCGCCGUGGGGGAGCGAGAUCAUGAACAGAGGUCUUAUCAUCGCGCCCAAGGCGAGGUCGUUGCCGGCGUCUCCCCGGCAAUUGACGCGACCGGGAGUACGCGACGAGAAGCGACCGCAUCCGGACAGUGAGGACGCCAUGCAGGUUCGACAGCGGAUCAUGAAAGUGGCGCGCCGGCUUGGACUGGUGUUCGGUGUGCGUUCCCGGUCGACGGCAGAGGAGACCCUGGUGAUGAGGUCGUCGCUGAGGAAAUCGCCGUCAGCGACGGCCGGGACCCGGUCGACGAACAAGACCAAGAAGACAGUGCGCUUCGAAGACACGGUAACGAAGACGUCUCCGAAGAAGAUGGUUAAACGCACCGUCAUCAAGGCCUGUCGCUACGUCAGCCUGGGGGCCCUGUGCUCUUCGCCCGUCCUGGUGACGUCAUUCCCCACCGAGCCCAACUUGGCGACGUCGCACCGGUCUUCCUGGUCGGCGUGGACGGAGCCCGUCACGUGGUCUCACGGCGCCCAGAUGUACAUGCAAUAGCACCCCCCCGCCCUCCACCACUCCACGUGACACCGUGCUUAUACAGCGCUUUCCCUCUGAACUGUGCGCCCCAGAACUGUACGACGACAUCUCUGUAUGACGUCACGUCACGCGACGUCUCCGUUAUAUGACACCUCAUGUUCGGCUGUCAGUGAACCAUAACUAUACCAGCAACGGUUCAUUUAUAAGCUUAAAGGGUUGCAGAAUAAUCGUUAAACAUUUGUGUUUAGUCAUUGACCACCUGUCGUCCCUCCCUCCCCCCUUGCUAUGUGGAUCUCAGUGCUAAGAGUUAUCGCGUUCUAGUACUGCGAGUUACUUCUCUCAGCGAUGCUGUAUACUUGUUCUCUUCAAGUCCUGAGUACACUUUCUAGGCAGCGCAGCUUCUUCUCAUGCAACUUAACCACAUUCACAUGUAGAGAAAUACGAUAGUGACCGAAAUUACGACAACGAUGUGAGUAGUUCCUUAAUUCUUUUCUAAUGUUUUACACCUAAGUUAUCAUGUCUGUACGAUAUACUUGCUGCCUUCCGGCACACGUUUACUGUGAUUCUACGUAUUGUAUUGUUCAUAAAAACGUUUGCCUCGAUAUUAGACCGAAAUGUAUCCAAACAUAAUGCCUGUCGCAAUAUGUGACUUCGUGGCGUUAUGCUGUCCUAAUGUUGCGUUGCCCGUAUAUUGAUAUCGACAGCCUUUCUAUUCACCCGCUUAAACUGCUGUUUUGGGAACCUCCUCAAAGCGCCAACUUUUUCUGUGCCUAUCGCUCCUUGCCAUUACCUGAGACUUAUCUUUAUUGCAGUUUUCAUUUUUUUCUUCACAGAACUCUACUUCACGCGUCUUAUCACUGCGUCAUCCAAGACGCUAUCUUUUUUCCUCAGUCUAUUUGAUGCAAUGCGCGGGGCUUGGAGCGUCCUUAGGAUGUGGUCGUUUCGACUCCUUAUCUGUCCUUUGCACAUGCGCGCGUACAUUUUGCCAUACUCGCAUAUCUACUGCAGCAAACGUUUUAAUGUCUACGUGCACAGCCGUGUCAUCUGCAGAUAAAGCAUCGCCCGGUCGUAUACCGCUGCUCUCUGGGCUUAGGCUGUCAGCUUGCCUCGAAAUAUCGUCAACGACACCAGCCCGAAAAUACAAUCCUGUUGCGAAAUUUGACCGAGAAUAAGCAAAAGGCAAGUCAUAGGUGAGAAACCUACUUAUCAAGUGGUCAUAAAAACUCAAGUCACUUUCAGUACCCUGAAUCUUUAUUGGCGAAGAACGGGUCGCGCAUUAUUUCUCCGAGUUCACGAAAUAAGUAACAAAAAAAAAGGUAAGCAUGGCAGUGUUGCCCCCAAACGAGAAGCACGGGCAGUGACAGUGAUAUUAUAAUACCGUCUAUAUUGUUGUAAAAGCAGCGCAACUUCGAGCACUAUAACCGGCAUGAAACUGUCGCACCGGAGAAUAAGUAACCUGCGCUUCUUUGUCCUUGUCAAAUUGCGUAAAGCUCAAGCGAGAAAUCUUUUAUGUGGCAUAGGCCUGGCAUAGAGUUUCAUAAUUAUACGCUCUGGCGCUAAUGUCUGUGGGAGCUGCUACGCAUGGCGCUUCAGUGUUGCCUGCAGCCGCUUUGUCGUAAGACGAAGUUGACGAAGUUGAGCGAAAGUUCCGCUGCACAACUUCGCCACCUUGACCCUAUGAGACUCACCAAUUCAAAUCAGCUCACAAAUUUCGCAAGGAGCCGUUCUUCUAUCCGAAGCAAAAGCCGAAACAAAAAAAUUAAACAAUGCCACAAGUGCGUUCGAAGCCGCAAGCACGAAGAGUUAGCAAAUCCAUGUGAUAACAUUGCCAUGGUGGUUGAUCGAUCGCAGCUCCACAAUUCAGUGUAGUAAAUAUUGCAGGAAAUUAUAAAAGUCCCGGAAGCGACAUUGCGAUAGCAAUCCACAGUAUACCUGAAACUACGUGCCGUGGUACCUCAAGGCUGAUUUAGUGCGGGUUCACUGAUACACUGCAACGGCGCCACACAAUGUAAACGAGGAAGAGCAAUGUAGACACGUUGGAAACAAGCACUUGCUGCUGCGCCAGAAGCAUCGGCCCCUCUGAAACGACCCCUCAACGAGCACGUGAUUGAUGUUAUGCAACUGGUUUUUUUUUUUGUAUUGUUUUUCCAUCACUAAGCGAACCGUUACGGUUAUUUCUUUACUUAUCGUAUGGCCAGUCAAGUCCGCUUAUGACGCAUAAUGUUCUUAAAUGCAACCAGGGAAGGCGUGAAUAUCAAUUCUGCCCAUGGUUAUCAAUGAGUUGACCUAUGUCACUGGUGGACAUUGCACCUUGUAUAUGCACCUGUACACUUUCCUGCGUUUUGCCGACUUGCCUUCGCAGGGAACAGGUAUGUUAUCCACGUCAGAGAUAAGGGUAGAACAGGUUAACUUUUGCACGUUGCUCAUUUAAUGCUGUUACAGUGGCGAUACAUUUCUCUUUUGCCUACAAUAACAGACUUUGAAUGGGUAUUUUCGAGUAAAUUGAUAAGGGUUAGUACUCGUAUACUAGGGUUGAAAGGUGCGAAGAUAAUUGCAGCAACUCCUGACGAAAUCCGAACGCUGUCUAAGCUGUCCAAAAUAUGAUGUAGUUAAUAAAAUAACCGCGAAAUUCGCAUAACUCAAAAGUGUUUUCGAAUGUGCACGCCACUGUGAGGUCACCAAAAUUCUCACUAGUAGCAGACCUCCCCGCCUUCAUUUCCCACACAUUGUGUUUAAGACAUUCGAAACGAGCGCUGAUAUUUUAACUGGCUCACCUAAUCAAGCGCUUUUGUUGAUUGUUACAGCUAUUAUUACAUCCCAAUUAUUUUCGAAAAAUUACAAUUGUUUUAUUUUUGAAGAAGAUGUACUGCGCCAAACAUCGCUGUCGCAGCCCCUGGAAAAAUUUAGCUAUAAUCGCCUAAUGAUAUGUACGUAGGACGUAACACAAUCUAGCAGAACGUAUAACGAGCAUACCGAACAAAUUAUGCAGCUCGUUAGCCCUGGUUUUAAACUUUACCUGAUGGAAUGUGCGCUAUGUAGUUAUCAUGCAAUAGUGAUACACUAUGUUCCUAAUUGUCAAGUCAGCGCGGUCUUGUGCUGUAUGGCCGCCAGUCUGUACAUUUUUCCUGUUGCGAACUUCAGACGCCGAAUAUGCCGCGCACAGUUGAGGUCGCUGGCACGGUCUGUAUAUACCUGUACAUAGAAUACAAAUUUUUCGGUUUGUAUAGUGUGAAAUGCAUGCGUGCCGAUUGUUCGGCUGCUUUUUUAAGUUUGUGUCAUGGAUUUGUUUUAUAAGUUCCGAAACGAGCGAUUGUCGAUUUCUGAUUUGAAGCUCGCGGAAAUCUUUGAAUUGCACGAGAGAUUCAACUUGUCAAAUUAAACGCGCGUAAUUUGUUUGUUUGUUACAAUAAAACUGUAUUCGUGUU